GCCCGGCAACCGGUCGGCAGCAGCGGACCGGGACCUUGACCCUGCCUGCCGGGCCGCCCCACCCGUAAGGAGUGGGAGCGUACCCCGAACCCCACACGCUCGCUUUUAGCCGAGGCACCUAAGAGGCCGAGUCCCUCUUUUGGGGUUGGGCCGGGCCCUGGGCGAAGCGCCCCGCCCCCUUUACAAGCCUUUGCGGAGGCUCUGCUCGACGCCUGAGCGGCUGCGGGGGCCCCACUUCCCGGCACUGCUUUCUUGGAAAACCUGGACACGGGUUCGGUAGGAACUGAUUGCCUGAAGAAAUGGAUACUUCUCCCUCCAAAAAAUAUCCAGUUAAAAAACGGGUGAAAAUACACCCAAACACGGUGAUGGUGAAAUAUACUUCUCAUUAUCCUCAGCCUGGGGAUGAUGGAUAUGAAGAAAUCAAUGAAGACUAUGGAAAUUUUAUGGAAGAAAAUCCAAAGAAAGGCCUGCUGAGUGAAAUGAAAAGAAAAGGAAGAACUUUCUUUGGAACCAUGGAUACUCAACAUCCACCAACAGAAGACCCAAUGACCAAUGAGAUUGGACAAUUCCAAAGCUUUGCAGAAAAAAAUAUUUUUCAAUCCAGAAAAAUGUGGAUAGUGCUGUUUGGAUCUGCUUUGGCUCAUGGAUGUGUAGCUCUUAUCACUAGGCUUGUUUCUGAUCGUUCCAAAGUUCCAUCUCUAGAACUGAUUUUUAUCCGUUCUGUUUUGCAGGUCUUAUCUGUGUUAGUUGUGUGUUACUACCAGGAAGCCCCCUUUGGACCCAGUGGAUACAGAUUGCGACUCUUCUUUUAUGGUGUAUGCAAUGUCAUCUCUAUCACCUGUGCUUAUACAUCAUUUUCAAUAGUUCCUCCCAGCAAUGGGACCACUAUGUGGAGAGCCACAACCACAGUCUUCAGUGCCAUUUUGGCUUUUUUGCUUGUAGAUGAGAAAAUGGCUUACGUUGACACGGCUACAGUUGUUUGCAGCAUCUUAGGUGUUUGUCUUGUCAUGAUCCCCAACAUUGUUGAUGAAGAUAAUUCUUUGUUAAAUGCCUGGAAAGAAGCCUUUGGGUACACUAUGACCGUGAUGGCUGGACUGACCACUGCUCUUUCCAUGAUAGUAUACAGAUCCAUUAAGGAGAAGAUCAGCAUGUGGACUGCACUGUUUACCUUUGGUUGGACUGGGACAGUCUGGGGAGUAUCUACUAUGUUUGUUCUUCAAGAACCCAUCAUCCCAUUAGAUGGAGAAACCUGGAGUUAUCUCAUUGCUAUAUGCAUUUGUUCUACUGCAGCCUUCUUAGGAGUUUAUUAUGCCUUGGACAAAUUCCAUCCAGCUUUGGUCAGCACCGUGCAACAUUUGGAGAUUGUGGUAGCCAUGGUGUUGCAGCUUCUAGUGUUACAUAUAUUUCCUAGUGUCUAUGAUGUCUUUGGAGGGGUAAUCAUUAUGAUUAGUGUUUUUGUCCUUGCUGGCUAUAAACUUUACUGGAGGAAUUUAAGAAGGCAGGAUUAUCAGGAAAUACUAGACUCUCCCAUUAAAUGAAUACCUGAUUAUUAUCUUGUUAAUGUUCAGUUAUUAGUAGGUACACUGACAUUUUAAUGUUCACCUGUAAAUGUUGUGUUGUAUAACUGACAGUGCUAUAUAAUAUAUAAUUAAUAUAUGCAG